AGAGUGAAGAUUUCCCAUGUUUUUGAAUAUUAAGAAAAUGAUCUCAUCGUUAAAUGAAUCGUGUCAGCAUAUAAUAUUUGAUUGAAUUUUAUAUCAAAACAGUAACUCUUAUUUAUAUUCAUCUCAAUAGUCAUCAUAUUCGCCCGUAAGAGGUUUCGGGACCAACGAUACUCAUAUUUUAUCUUUCUUCCCCGUCCUUUUCGUCGCGACUGGCGACUGGUUGUUUGUUGUCAACGAUAACUCGCAUAUUUCUAACAAGACCUCUCGAUGAUAUUCGACGGUGAAACGAUGGAGGAGUAAUAAUAUCUCGCCAGUCGUCUGCUUGGCCUCUCGUUUUUUUCUUUUUUCGCAACGGGUCGAAGGGUCAGACUCGGAAUAUAUGUAUAAUCUGCAUCCCGAUACGCGAACGCGGAUGCCGCCGCGACUUAUAUUCCACCGACUUGCAUCAUUGGCAGUAAGGUCGAAAGCUGCAAGAGAGCAGCUCGCUUCCGGUGCAAGACUCUCGCAUUGUUAAAUAAUUGACAAAUAUCGGUAUUGACGGAACAAACCAGACGUCAUGGUCGGCAUCGGUGUCUCUUGGAUAGUGAAUCUCGGCUUCAGUUUCGCGCUGAUAUUUCUGGUCCCCUUUCUCCUUAUCGCGUAUUUAGUGGUGACAUGGACAAAGAGAUCUUGGAUACGCUUCGUCAAGUGGAAGUAUCCGAAUUAUAUCGUUGUAGAGGAGAAUAGUAUUCGGAGUAUCUUGGAUCAGGGACGCACUCAUGGAAUCUGCACGCUUCUCGUGCAAGGACGCUCGAUCGUGAAGGGCGUGAGGAAUCACUUGGCGCAUCUGGCGUCUACGAGAAAGUAUCUGAGAUCGACUUUGUUCACACGAUGGGGCGUUUACGUUUGGAAGGAACUCGAUUACUCCGUCGAUAGUCACCUCGUGAAUUCACCGUGCUCGUUUCGCGGUCGUCCCAUCACUGACAACAAUAUACAGGAUUACAUAAGCGACGUGACAUCGAAAUUUCUUCCGAGGAGAUUAUCGCCGUGGCAAGUACACAUAGUGAAUUGCUUCGUGCGAGGGGAGGAGCGUCAGAUAUGUCUCGUACGGGCGCAUCAUUUGCUUCUGCGACAGGAGCAUCUGACUUUAGCGGAUUUCUUGCCAUUGAAGUAUUCGACGGAUAACUGGACGUGUCAGGAGAGCGAUUCGCCCUUUACGAACUUGUAUGCCGAGCCCACCGCUCUACCGCGCCUUCGACAGAUGCUCAUCGAGAACUUCAGCAAUUAUUGGAACGAUUUCCUUUGCAACAACGAUCCCGUCGAACGGCCGGAAAUCCUAAAGAAACGAAUAGGAAUAUCUCAAUGCGUCAAAAUCACGAUGAUAGUGUUAGUCUGUACUAUGAAAGAGCUGGCCAGACAAUGCCGAAAGCCAGAAGGGCUGAAAUUCUUGGAGCUUCUAUCGAUCGUUCAACGCGAAUCGAGCAAGAGGAACUUUAAUCCUCGAUUGAUGCUCGAAUCCAUCGCAAAGUCUUUCAAUCCGAUUAACAUUCUUUACUCCUGCAUCGCUUUGUUCUGGUACAUCACGGUCACGUCGUGCUUAAGAACGCCGCUUCUACUCAUUCGAGAAUUGCAGGUUCUAAAAUCGCGACACAAGCAUUGCUAUCCGGAUACCUUGACGUAUAUGUUGUCCUGUUACCUCCCUUUAAUAUUCCAAGCGAUUCGGGAGGUGAUGUCCAUCGGCUGGAUAGCCGUAACGGCGCCCAAGAUCAUCGUCGAGGAGCUGUUUCUGAAGCAUCCGCAGUUGAAUCAACUGCAGACCAUUUCUCCGUGCGGUAGGAAGGUAGUGGCUUGGUCGGAGGAGGUCAACGUCGAGCUCGUACGGAAAAUCGCCAACGUAACCGGUGCGACAGAGACGGAAAUUCUCUUAGCGGCCACCAUAGAUAGCCUAAAGGAAUACUUCAGGCAUUCGGCCGUCAAUAUUCCGGAUGAUGUACUCGCGACCGUCAAGUUUGUGAGUCAACGGGCCGUGUUCCUGCGAAAUCACGAGGCCCGAGGUAUUCUCUGUCUCGCGUUGCCCACCAGAACGCCCUUGUUUCACGACGAUCUCGUCGAGAUACUACAGGUGAUUCAACGAAACAUUCAGGAAGCCAGGUCUAAGCAGAGCGCGAUUUACGCGAUCACGGCAGCGGAAACGUCCUGCGGAUUUAUCUCGUCCUGCGUGCCUGCCAUCGUUUUGAAAUUACUCUUGAAUCAACUGUCGAAAAGGUAUUCUCUGUGCUUGACGCAUGUCGACGGUGAUCUACCUGUGGAAGGCGUAAACGGAGCGAUUUACUGGCGACCACCGCAAGGAAAUUGCAACAUGUCAAUGACCUUGCACAGGCUUGGAAACGGAGUACGCCUUGGUAUAAUGGCAGACGCGUUAAUCGGCCCGCAGCAUUUCAUCGUAGCGAGAACAUUUCCUCAGAGUAUACAAAAUCUCGCCAGCAUUCUAGGCGUUCCGAGAACAUCCAGUCGAAGCCCAAGCCCUAAUGCACUCAAUCCGAUGACAUCUCCAGGAUAUUGAGAUAAUAUAUCAAUGAAAGGACGGGGACUUUAAUUUUUCUUCAUUCAAUUUUCUCUCAUCGUACUUUUUUCAGACAAAUAGUAUCCGAUCGAUCCUGAUAAUAACACUGGUAACAUAUAACUUUUAACACCGUCGUAUAAUAAAUAUUUAAUCUGUUCAUAUUUAUCGGAAAGAAUACAUGUAGACAUAUAUAUUCGACAAACAAGAUUCUGACAGCGUUAUAUCGCUUUAUAAAUAAUAAUUUUAUAGAUAUAUCCUAUUCAUAUAAGAAUCUCUCUAUUCCGCAAAAAUUAUUUUCUAAUUUUUCUUUGGUCGAGUACCUGAAUAAUAUUGAAAUUUAAAAUUAGACGUUCAUUUAGAUGGAAGAUGAAACAUGGUUAUAUAUCUCUUUGUCUUAUCAUAGUAGAUAUUUAAUGUCAUAUCGCUAUAUUACUCCUGAAUAAUUCCUAAAUAUAUACGCAACGAUGUAAAGCGGACAAUUAAAAUAAUUUAAAUUAGUUAAUUCAACAAUUUAUGGCAGAAUUCUUUUUACGAAAUUGCGCAUUUUUUUCGUAAAUCUUCGCACACUUUUCCUAAAUAUAUAGUAAACAUUAAUAUAAAUAUCAUUGUUUAACUACUUAUCUAAUCUUUGGAUAUCUUUGAAGUAACAAAAGUUUUACAAAAAACUCUUGACAAUAUCUUAUAAUAUCGUAACAAUGAUAUUAUAUGCAUACGAUAUAUAUAUAAAGUUAUGAUAGAAACAUUAUUAAACUUAAUUAUCUAGGAAACAAAUUUCAUUAUAAAUUGUUAACACGUCGCUUUUUUACAUUAUUAAAGCAUGUAAAUGUAUUUAAGCGUUUUAAGCGUUUACAAGUUUCUAAUAAAAAUAAAUUCAUCUAUAUGCGAGUUUUACAUAAACACAUAAA